AUCAAUUAUAAAUAAAUGAUUAAUAUUAUAUUAUAAUACAGAAUGUUGAUAGAUACUGCCGUAUCAUUUCGACUUAAUAAUGAUUCCGAAAUUUAUGAAGCUAAUAAUAAUCAGAUUAAAAAAAUUAAUAAAAAUAUAACAUGUGAAAAAAUGAAGACAGUGUCUAAUGAAACAGAAACUAUUGUAACAAAUGAUAUAAGCACGUGGAGUUAUUUUCUUAAAAAUGACAUUAAAUGGAAGAAUGCAGUAAUUUUAGUUGUACUUCAUAUAAUAGCUAUUUACGGUUUCAUCACGUUUCCUUAUAUUGAACGAUAUAAAACUGUUUUGUAUAUGCAAUUUAUGAUAAUAUUUUCGGGAUUUGGUGUAACUUGUGGUGCUCAUCGUUUUUGGAGUCACAGAUCUUUCAGUGCCAAACUACCACUACGAAUUCUUCUUGCAACUUGUUUUAUCUCAGCAUCCCAGGUCCCGGUCAGUGCGUGGGUCAGGGAACAUCGGGUGCAUCACAAAUUUUCUGAGACAAACGCUGAUCCGCAUGACAGUAGACGUGGUUUUUUUUUCUCUCAUUGCGGUUGGCUUAUGCUCGACAAACACCCUGCAGUAUUACAAAAAAGUAAAACAAUAAAUAUGAGUGACAUUGAAGCGGAUCCUGUUGUCACUUUUACAGAUAGGUAUUUUAAAUUUCUGAAGUUAAUAGUUAUGUUUACAACAGUAGCCAUACCAGUAUAUUGUUGGAAUGAAAGUUGGUACUAUGCAGUCAUGUCACAAUUUUUAAAAUUUAUUUACAAUUCUCACAGUACUUGGUGUCUCAACAGUGUUGCUCAUAUGUGGGGAUAUAAACCAUACAAUAGAUCUAUUGCAUCAGCGGAUAAUUCAUUUGUUCACCUAGUUACAUAUGGAGAAGGUUGUCAUAAUUAUCAUCAUACUUUCCCAUCUGAUUAUAGUACGCCAGAAAUUGGAAUAGGAGGAUUUGAUGUGACAACUAAACUGAUUCAUUUCUUUGCUAAAAUAGGUUGGGCAUAUAAUCUUAAAAAAUCUUCAACAUCUCUUGUUGAAAGGACGAUCCGUAGUAGAGGAGAUGCAAAUAUUUUGAGUUCUGCAUUAAUCUAAAAUUAAAAGAUUUUAUAAAUAUUUUAAAAAUUUCUGUAAUUAUAUAAUUAUUAUUCUUAUUAAAUUUUUAAAAUAUAUACGAUAAAAGUAAUACCGUAACAAAACAA